UCUUCCUCUACCUCUCUUUUUUUCUCUCUUUCUCUCACUUUCCCUCUCUCAAGUUUCAACGAAGUUUCUUCAUAGGAAGGGUAAAACGAAAAAGGAAAAGAAGCGGAGUGAUAAUCAUUAAUCAUGAAAUUGAACGUAGCGGAGUUAUCGAUGUUGACCCUUCUUCUACCAUUCACCACCUGCAAAAGUACCAAUUAUGACAUUGAAAUUAUACCUUCGUUGAGAUUCAACUCGUCUGAGAGAAUUUCCUCCUCGUCGUUAACGAUCGGUAGAUUUUCUAGAGGUACAGUCACAGAUAUCGUCUCGAAAAAUAUAACCAUGGUUUUGGAGAAUCUACUUAUGAAUUAUGAAAACAAUCAACUACCAACACACGGAAAAGGUACACCAACGGUGGUAAAGACAAAUAUCCUGAUAAGAAGUAUGGGUCCUGUUUCCGAAUUGGAUAUGGAUUACUCAAUGGAUUGUUACUUCCGACAAUCUUGGCGUGAUUCUCGUCUUAGUUUCUUAGGACCUAUCAAAUCCCUCAGCCUUAGUAUCAAGAUGCUCGAGAGAAUUUGGCGUCCAGACACGUACUUCUACAAUGGGAAACACAGUUACGUGCAUACCAUCACUGUGCCCAAUAAGUUGCUGAGAAUUUCUCAGGACGGUGAUAUACUCUAUUCCAUGAGACUUACCAUUAAAGCAAAGUGUCCUAUGGAGUUACAGAACUUUCCUAUGGAUCGACAAUCGUGCCCAUUAAUUUUAGGAAGCUAUGCAUACACCUCCCAACAAUUAGUUUAUGAAUGGCAAGAAGGAUCGUCCGUAAACUUUGUUCCUGGAAUGGCACUAUCACAAUUCGAUUUAAUGGGUUCUCCCUAUAGAAAUCUUACGUUUGUACGUCGUGAAGGCGAGUUCUCUGUUCUUCAAGUAUCUUUUAAUUUACAACGAAAUACCGGUUAUUUUUUAAUACAAGUCUACGUUCCGUGUGUACUUAUAGUCGUCUUAAGUUGGGUAUCGUUUUGGAUUCAUCGUGAAGCUACCAGCGAUCGAGUAGGUUUAGGUAUCACAACGGUACUAACACUUUCUACGAUAAGCCUUGAUUCAAGAACUGAUUUACCAAAAGUGAGAUACGCUACAGCCCUCGAUUGGUUUCUUCUCAUGAGUUUCGGUUAUUGCAUUGCUACACUUUUAGAAUUUGCUGGGGUACAUUAUUUUACGAAGGUAGGAAGUGGAGAACUUCCAUUGGACGAUGAAGAAUGGGAAAAUAUUUCGGACAAGGAGUACGAAGAUCCAUUUUGUACAAUCACUACUUGCGGUCCCCAAACUAUUCAUCCAGAUAGUAUCAUCGACGAAACUUCCAGAAGUUCCACCGUCUGCAGCGUUUAUAAUGAUUCGGUUAUGUACAACCGACGAUCUUAUCAGCCCGUAACAAUGACUGUUACGUCGAGACCGUCCACAAUGGAAAGACAGACACAAACCGAACAUCGAUUACCUAAAUGGAAACAAUUUUUAUACUGUUUGGCAGGUGAUGAUGAGUUUAGAAGGCAACGACAACGUGAAGCAAUAAGGAAUUGCCGAAAAUUCGGAGAACGUGUAGCGAGACAUAUCAAUAGUGUAUCGACUAUAGAUAGAGUAGCACGAAUAGUUUUUCCAGCAUCUUUUGGAUUACUUAAUGUAUGUUACUGGGUCGUUUAUGUCACUUAUCAGGAAGAAUUUAAAUGGCAAGAUCCACCGAUUGGUUCGAUUUCUAAAUAA